UAUAUAUAAUACACACACAUGCACAAACAUAAAUCGAGAUCUGUAUUCUCUACUAUUCAAGAAUUUGAAUCUCUCAUUCACUUACGACUUGGCUUCUCUCGAUAAAGCGGAGAGAAACAAAUUCAGAGUUGGGAGAGGAAGUGCAGAAACCCUAGCUCGUCUGUUUCUUUUCUCUGGUGUUUUUCGUAUAAGUGAGAGAAAGAAUGGCCUUCGAGAUCACCCAAUUUCUUUUGUCCGCUCAAUCGGCGGACGCAAAGGUCCGGACGGAGGCAGAGGGUAGCUUGAGGCAGUUCCAAGAGCAAAACCUAACAUAUUUUCUUCUGUCUCUAUCAUUUGAGCUCUCAAACAAUAACAAACCAAUUGAAUCCCGUAGAUUGGCUGGUAUUCUGCUUAAAAAUUCAUUAGAUGCCAAAGAUGCUGCUAAGAAGGAACAUCUUGUUCAACAGUGGGUGGCAGUUGAUAUUUCUGUCAAAUCCCAAAUCAAAGACCUGCUCUUGAAGACUCUUGGAUCUUCUGCGGCUGAAGCAUGGCAUACUUCUGCCCAAGUAAUUGCCAAAAUUGCUUCAAUUGAAAUUCCCCGGAAGGAGUGGCCUGAACUCAUCAGUGUGUUGCUUGCCAAUAUGACCCAGCAAGAUAUGCCUGCUUCAUUGAAACAGGCAACCUUGGAAACAUUUGGAUAUGUUUGUGAGGAGAUAUCUCACCAGGAUCUUGUUCAAGAUGAAGUGAAUUCUGUCCUCACUGCUGUAGUCCAGGGCAUGAACGUUACUGAGCAGUGCCCUGAGGUUCGCCUUUCAGCAACCAGGGCUUUAUAUAAUGCCCUUGAUUUUGCGCAGACUAAUUUCGAGAAUGAGAUGGAGCGCAAUUACAUAAUGAAGGUGGUUUGCGAGACGGCUAUGGCCAAGGAGGCAGAGAUCAGACAAGCAGCUUUUGAAUGCCUUGUUUCAAUAGCAUCAACAUACUAUGAGGUGCUUGAACCUUACAUGCAGACUAUCUUUGAGCUUACAUCUAAUGCAGUUAAGGAUGAUGAAGAGGCUGUUGCCCUCCAGGCAAUUGAGUUUUGGAGUUCCAUAUGUGAUGAAGAGUUACAGCUUCAAGAUUUUGAGGUCCCUGAGAGUGGGGAUUCUGCUCAUCCGCAUUCCUGCUUCAUUGAGAAGGCUCUGUCAUCGCUAGUUCCUAUGUUGCUAGAGACAUUGCUGAAGCAAGAAGAGGAUCAGCACCAAGAUGAUGGUAUCUGGAAUCUCUCCAUGGCUGGUGGGACAUGUCUAGGUCUUAUUUCUAGGACUGUUGGGGAUGCUAUUGUGGCUCUUGUAAUGCCUUUUGUGGAGGCUAAUAUUUUGAAGACAGACUGGCGAUGUCGUGAGGCAGCCACAUAUGCAUUUGGCUCUAUCCUUGAAGGCCCGAGCAUUGAGAAGCUUUCCCCAAUGGUUUAUGCCGGCUUGGAUUUUCUGCUUAAUGCGAUGAAGGAUGAAAACAGCCACGUGAAGGACACAACUGCUUGGACUCUUAGUCGUAUUUUCGAGUUGUUGCACACUCCAUCUACUGGAUUUUCUGUGCUUUCUCCUGCCAACCUCCAACGUGUUGUGGAAAUUUUGUUGGAGAGCAUUAAGGAUGCUCCCCAUGUAGCUGAGAAGGUCUGUGGGGCUAUCUUAUACCUUGCUCAGGGGUAUGAUGAUGCUGGUACAAGCUCUGCUGCCCUCACUCCAUACAUUCCAGACAUUGUAAGUUGUCUUCUUGAAACUGCUGAUCGAACAGAUUGUAGCGACUCUAAACUCAGAUCUGCUGCAUAUGAAACCUUGAAUGAGGUGAUUAGGUGUUCUAAUCUUAUGGAAACGUCUCAAAUCAUAGCACAACUUCUCCCUGUCAUCAUGAAUAAGCUGGGACAGACUAUAGAGCUUCAGAUUGUUUCAUCAGAUGAUCUGGAAAAACAAGGAGAUUCGCAAGCUCUUCUUUGUGGUGUUCUCCAGGUUAUCAUCCAGAAGCUUGGCAGUACUGAUGAGACCAAAUCCAUAAUACUGCAGGCUGCCGAUCAGAUCAUGGUAUUGUUCCUCAUGGUUUUUGCUUGUCGUAGUUCUACAGUGCAUGAAGAAGCAAUGCUUGCCAUUGGUGCUUUGGCUUACGCCACUGGACCAGAGUUUGGGAAGUAUAUGACCCAGUUUUACAAGUAUUUGGAGAUGGGUUUGCAGAAUUUUGAGGAAUACCAGGUCUGCACAAUCUCAGUUGGUGUGGUAGGUGACAUUUGCCGUGCCUUGGAAGACAAGAUCUUACCAUAUUGCGAUGGAAUCAUGACCCUCCUUCUCAGGGAUCUAUCUAGCAGCGAACUUCAUCGGUCUGUCAAACCUCCAAUAUUUUCCUGCUUUGGUGAUGUUGCUCUUACUAUCGGAGAACACUUCGAAAAGUACAUUCCUUACGCAAUACCAGUGAUGCAGAGAGCUGCUGAGGUUUGUGCACAGAUGGACAACAGUGAUGAGGAGAUGGCAGAAUACCGAAACCAGCUCAGCCGCAGCAUCUUUGAAGCUUAUUCUGGAAUUCUUCAGGGAUUCAAGAAUUCCAAGCCUGAUUUGAUGUUGCCCCAUGCUCCCCAUCUCUUGCAAUUCAUAGAGUUGGUUUCCAGAGACAAAAAGAGGGAGGAGAGUGUGACACAAGCAGCAGUCGCAGUGUUGGGAGAUCUUGCAGAUGCACUCGGUUCAAAUGUCAAGAUACUGUUCAAGGAUCGUGAAUUCUGUAUGGAGUUUUUGGGCGAGUGCCUUCAAUCCAAUGAUAAACAGCUCAAGGAGACUGCGACUUGGACCCAAGGGAUGAUUGGGCGUGUUUUUUCUGUCUAUGGGUAAAAAUUGUCAUUUCUUACUAGCUUCUGUUCGUUCAUGAAAUGGGCUUCUUUUUCUUUCUUUUCAUGAAGGUCAAGGAUGUCAGUGUAUUCAAAACAGGUUUGAUGUAUUGCAUCCUUGUGUCUUUUGCAUUGCAGUUAGAAGUUUCUGAAUCUUUGAAAUGUUCUAUGAUCCGCUUUUCAUGAAUUGGAAAGGCAUUUGUUUUUUUGGGCAUUUGAGGCCACUAGAUUGAAGCUUUCUAUGAGUUGGAAAGUCCUGCUAUUGCUAAGGAACUUUACUUAGUUUAUGAAUCCAAUAAUCAGUGGUUUGUUGGUCAUCUAUAUCAUCUUCUUUCUAUAUGU